ACACACACACACAGACACACACAGCCACACUGUCGUUGUGAGCCUCCUGCUCCUGUGACUGUAGCUCUGGUCGGUCACCUGCACUCCUGUCACAGCAUGCAGCUCCUGGUGGUGUUAGCAGCUCUCAUGGGGGUUGUGUUCAGCGUUAGAGCAGCUGCCGUGCUUCCUGUGGAGGAUAGGAGCCCCAUCCAUGUGAACAGGGAGCUGAGCAAAGAACGCAAGGAGCUGAUCCUAAAGCUGGUGUCUGGCUUGUUGGAUGGAGCUCUGGACACGAACAUGCUGCCGGGAGAAGCGACACCUGUGGAGCUUGAGGAGCCGCUGGAGUCUCGUCUGGAGGAGAGAGCUGUGUAUAACAGGCUAUCGCUUCCCCAGCGUGACCGCAAAGCUCCCUGUAAAAACUUCUUCUGGAAAACUUUCACCUCCUGCUAACAGUGCCCAAAAAAAACCCCACUCGGCUCCGCCUGCCUCCGGUACUCCUUCUGUUCCAGCUCUACAUAAACUGUGGUAGACCUCAGCUAUACAUAUCAUCUACACCUGUCACACAUGCAACAUCGAUGGACUUCACUGAGACAGUGUGUCUGUUUGAAUAUUAAUUAUUUAUGUAUCUAUUUAUGUAUACAAUGUAUGUAACAGUUUCUUUCAGGGUCAACAAUAAAGCAUGGAUAUAAUAUUUAAAAUGGUGAUAACAGUUAAUUACUUUUUGUUUUUUGAAGGUCAAAUUUUCCUUCUCCUGCUUCUGUAAAACAAAUGCAAAGGCAGAUUUCUUAAAAGUGUUGUAGCUGUGUUUUUCUUUGCGACUAAAAUAAUCGAAAUAUUUCACGGCUUUCCUG